AUGGCGCGGGAAUCGGGAAGCGUGCACAGCGCUGCAAGGCACGGCACGGCACGGCACUCUGCCGGCUAUGGGCCGCCGCCGCGCCAAGGCUGCGCCGCUAUCUGCGCCUACGUGACAAAUGGUGACGCCGCGGCCGCCGGAACAAUAGCCGCCGCCGAGCCAGGCGGCCGGCUAUCGAGCCGGCGCGGCCCGGUCGGCGGCGCGGCGUCGCGGCUGGCGCCCGCGAGUCGCGGCGUCCGCGCGCGGGGGUUGCGCCAGGCGCCGCGAGGGGGGCGGGGGGGAGGGGGGCUAACCGGGCGGGGGAAGGCGGCGGAGCCCGGCCGCGGCGGGGGCGGGGGCGGGGGGCGGCCAGCUCUCCCGGCCCUGCCUGGCCUGGCCGGGCCGCCGAGCGAGAUAAUGAAGCCGCGGCGCGCGGCCGAGGGACACGCGGGAGGAGGGGCGGGCGAGCGGGCGCCGCGCCGAGCCGGGCGCCGCUGCGAACGGCCGGAGGCAGAGGACGGCGAUGAGGAGGAGGAGGAGGAGGAGGAGGAGGAGGCGAGAGGAAUGCGAGAGCGCCGGCCGCCGCCGCCGCCGCCGCCGCCGGGUAACGGGUAA